GGGCCUGGGCCUUGGGCCCGCCCCGACGCUCUGCAGACUGUGCCACCCGGCGUGGAGGAGGGGGUCCGCGUCGGUGGCCCGAGCGCGAGGCCGCGGGGCUGCGGGGCUGCGGGGCUGCGGCUCUGCCGGGCACGGCGGUGGGCCGUCGGGUUCUCUCAGCCCCCGGUUGCGCGGCGGCCACGCUCAGAGAGCGCGCGGGCCCGAGCGGGCGCCACGAGCCGCAGCGCGCCGCCUCCCCCUGGUGGAAGCGGUAGUUGGGCCCGGCUGCGGCGGAGCGUUCGCUCGGAGAUGGCGGAGUCGCCGCAACGCGGCCCGAGGCCCCGCGAGCAGGGAAGCCCGGCGGCCCCGGGACGCAGCGGGGCCCGCGGACAGCGGGGACGCCGGCCACUCCACAGGGUGAGCCAUCCUUGAGAGCAGCCUCCCGUCCGCGGUCGCCCCCAGUUUUCCCCGAACUUGACAGGCCUGACCUUUGAAUCCCAGUUCCUCCACUGACGGAGCUUUGUGAUAUUGGAUUAUGGGGCCACUCUUCUGGACUUAGCUGAUUUCUGAUGGAAGAACCACCAGCAGAGCUGAGGAAGCUCAAAUUUCAGCCUGAGGCAUGGGCCAGGGGCCAUGGUGACCUGAGACCAGUAGAUUCUGUCCAGUGCAACCUGUUGCUCCUUCUGCCUCUCCUAUCCUGUAUUGAAAGAAUUUGUUCCCAUCUCAUGGGUCACUGACCCUAAGAGAAUCCCUUUCUCGUAUUUUUUUGUUCUUCUGCCCUAUCAAGACCAUUCCAGCCCACAGAACUCCUUCCUCCCAUCUCCUGAGGUGGUCCCCAUUGCUGCCUCACUUCUCGCCAUGCUCCAGCUGUGGAAAGUGGUACGCCCUGCUCGGCAGCUGGAACUGCACCGCCUCAUCCUGCUGCUGAUUGGUUUCAGUCUUGUCUCCAUGGGAUUCCUGGCUUAUUAUGUGUCCACCAGCCCCAAGGCCAAGGAACCCUUGCCUCUGCCCUUGGGAGACUGUGGUAGCAGUGGGGCAGCCGGCCCUGCACGACCGCCAGUCCCACCUCGCCCCCCUAGGCCUCCAGAAACAACCCGAACAGAACCCGUGGUUCUUGUGUUUGUGGAAAGUGCAUACUCACAAUUGGGGCAGGAGAUUGUGGCCAUUUUGGAGUCUAGUCGUUUUCGUUAUAGCACUGAACUAGCACCUGGCCGAGGGGACAUGCCCACGUUGACUGAUGACAGCCAUGGCCGCUAUGUGUUGGUCAUCUAUGAGAACCUUCUGAAGUAUGUUAACCUGGACUCCUGGAGCCGAGAGCUGCUAGACCGGUACUGUGUGGAGUACGGUGUAGGCAUCAUUGGCUUUUUCCGAGCCCAUGAGCAUAGCCUAUUGAGUGCCCAGCUUAAAGGCUUUCCCCUUUUUCUACACUCAAAUUUGGGGCUCCGGGACUACCAAGUGAAUCCUUCUGCCCCACUACUACAUCUUACCCGCCCCAGCCGCUUGGAGCCAGGACCGCUGCCUGGUGAUGACUGGACCAUCUUCCAGUCCAAUCAUAGCACCUAUGAACCCGUGCUGCUUGCUAGCCAUCGGACAGCUGAGCUCCCUGUGCCAGGACCAGGGCUCGGGCGGGCCCGGCUCCCAACUGUGGUACAGGACUUGGGGCUUCAUGAUGGCAUACAGCGGGUACUGUUUGGACAUGGCCUUUCCUUCUGGCUCCAUAAGCUUGUCUUCGUUGAUGCUGUUGCAUACCUCACUGGGAAGCGCCUCUGCCUGGACCUUGACCGUUACAUCUUAGUAGACAUUGAUGACAUCUUUGUGGGCAAAGAAGGUACUCGCAUGAAGGUGGCUGAUGUUGAGGCUCUGCUGACCACCCAGAGCAAACUCAGGACCUUAGUCCCCAACUUCACCUUCAACCUGGGCUUCUCGGGCAAGUUCUACCAUACUGGGACAGAAGAGGAGGACGCAGGGGACGACAUGCUGCUGAAGCACCGCAAAGAGUUCUGGUGGUUUCCUCACAUGUGGAGCCACAUGCAGCCACACCUCUUCCACAACUGCUCUGUGCUGGCCGACCAGAUGAGGCUCAACAAACAGUUUGCUUUGGAGCAUGGGAUUCCUACGGAUCUGGGGUAUGCUGUGGCCCCCCACCACUCGGGCGUGUACCCCAUCCACACGCAGCUGUAUGAGGCCUGGAAAUCUGUAUGGGGCAUCCAGGUGACCAGCACCGAGGAGUAUCCUCAUCUCCGUCCUGCCCGCUACCGCCGUGGCUUCAUUCACAAUGGCAUCAUGGUGCUUCCCCGGCAAACAUGUGGCCUCUUCACCCAUACGAUCUUCUACAACGAGUAUCCUGGAGGUUCUCGUGAACUAGAUCGGAGCAUCCGAGGUGGAGAGCUCUUUCUGACAGUGCUACUUAAUCCGAUCAGCGUCUUUAUGACACACCUGUCCAACUACGGAAAUGACCGACUGGGCCUGUACACCUUUGAGAGCCUGGUGCGCUUCCUCCAGUGCUGGACACGACUGCGUCUCCAGACCCUUCCUCCUGUCCCCCUUGCACGAAAAUACUUUGAACUUUUUCCUCAGGAGCGAAACCCCCUUUGGCAGAAUCCCUGUGAUGACAAGAGGCACAAAGAUAUCUGGUCCAAGGAGAAAACAUGUGAUCGACUCCCCAAGUUCCUCAUUGUGGGACCACAGAAGACAGGCACCACAGCUGUGCACUUCUUCCUGAGCCUGCACCCUGCUGUGACAAGCAGCUUUCCUAGCCCCAGCACCUUUGAGGAAAUUCAGUUCUUCAAUGGCCCUAAUUACCACAAGGGUAUCGACUGGUACAUGGACUUCUUUCCUGUUCCUUCCAAUGCCAGCACUGACUUUCUCUUUGAAAAAAGUGCCACCUACUUUGACUCAGAGGUUGUACCACGGCGGGGGGCUGCCCUUCUACCAAGAGCCAAGAUCAUCACUGUCCUCACCAACCCUGCUGACAGGGCCUACUCCUGGUACCAGCACCAGAGAGCACAUGGAGACCCAGUUGCUUUGAACUAUACCUUCUACCAAGUGAUUUCAGCUUCUUCUCAGGCCCCUCUGGUACUUCGCUCCUUGCAGAGCCGUUGUCUUGUCCCUGGUUACUAUUCUACCCACCUGCAGCGCUGGCUGACUUACUAUCCCUCUGGACAGUUGCUGAUUGUGGAUGGGCAGGAGCUUCGUAUCAACCCAGCAGCCUCGAUGGAGACCAUCCAGAAGUUCCUGGGUAUCACCCCUUUUCUCAACUACACAAGGACCCUCAGGUUUGAUGAAGAUAAAGGAUUUUGGUGCCAGGGACUUGAAGGUGGUAAGACUCGCUGUCUGGGGAAAAGUAAAGGCCGGAGGUACCCAGCCAUGGACACGGAGUCUCGCCUUUUCCUUACGGAUUUUUUCCGGAACCAUAAUUUGGAACUAUCAAAGCUGCUGAGCCGGCUUGGACAGCCAGCCCCCUUGUGGCUUCGGGAAGAAUUGCAGCAUUCCAGUGUGGGCUGAUGCCCCAGCCUUCUCAUACCAGCAAAAAGCCUGCUGCUUCACUGAGGGGCAAGCCUUAGAACAGGGCCCAAAAGGGGGAUUAGAGUGUCCUGGCCCCUUACCCCUCUACCUCAGUGGCCCCCAGGAUUGGAAUAGCUGAAAAGGGAAGAGCAUCCAUUCCUUUGACAUAGUUUGGGGGCCUAAAAAAAGGGGCUUUCCCUUGGUACCCUGUUAUGGUACUAGGUACCUUUGACCUAUGAACCUGGGAGGUGAGGAAGAGAGGGUCCAGGGAGGGGGUAGAAGAAUGUAUUAAUUCAUUAUUUCCCUCUUCGUCCCCAGCAGUUUGUGUGUCUAUGCCUACCCACGAGAGGGCCCUUUGCUAAGGCCCCUUUAAUCAGACAGUGGGAUCUACCUGUGGCCUGGCCUCCCUAGUGUCAUUCACAUUGAAUGGGGAUGAGGUCGGACAAUUGCUCAUAGAGCUGAAUAUGAGCCCUAGCUGUGGGCUAGAAAUGUCCUUAAUAAACAUCCUUAUUUUU